AUUAGAUGCACAACUCCAGUGUAUGUAUAUGCAACCCAUCAUACUUGAAAAUAAAAAUUUUAUAGUUUUCCCUUGACAAAUGACAUAUUGACAUUUCGCUUGUUUUUCAAGGCAGAACUUGGAUUUCUGCUUUUAUUUUUAAUUUUCUCCUACCAAAUAAAUUAAAAAAGGGUAUUAUUAGAAUAGAAGUUGGAUCCCGUAUCGAACUAAGGACUACGCUUGCCACAAAAUGCGAGACACCUGAACAUUCAAACUGUAACAUGUUCCUAUGGACCAAACUAACGACAUAUUCUCACUGAAUUCAAAAUGCCCUGUCGAUUUAGAUGAGGUGCUGAGUUACGGCAAUGAAAAGAAAAAAGUUGCCAGACGUCGGUGGGCUAUUUUGGCCAAGGCUCUUAAGAGCCCGACAGUAAGCCAGCCGUCCAGUCCCACCGACGAGAUCUCUGUACGUCGCAUCUCAUCCUUCAUGCUGCUCAAAACGCAACAAUUGCCGCACAUACCGUUCGCAUCGAAUCGCGAAAGUGUCGUCGAUAUUCCCGAUGCUCUCAAGAAGAGGACCUGGUAUCAGUAUUCCACGUACAUCGAUGGUCGCGAGUAUUUCGUCAACGUGGGACAUCGGAAUAGGACGUUCUCAGCGGAAGACCUGAUGGGUUUCAACAACACCGGCAACGUAUGCAUCUGGCCCUCCGAAGAAACGCUCAGCUAUUACGUGUGUUCGAACCUGGAGCAGUUCCGCGACAGAACCGUCAUCGAACUCGGCGGCGGCAUGUCAUGUCUAGCGGGGCUGUUCGCUGCAAAAUACGGCGAUCCUAGGGAGGUCGCCGUCACCGACGGCAACAAAAUGUCGGUGGAGAACGUCCAGGCGACUUUGAAGUGCAACGAGUUCGAGGUGCCUGUACGCUCUGAGGUGCUCAAGUGGUCCCAGGCGGAUCCUGAAGCGUCGUACGACGUCGUGCUCUGCGCGGACUGUUUGUUCUUCGACGACGCCAGAGCGGACCUAAUUGAGUGCCUGCGUGCGUACCUGACCUGUGACGGAGUCGCUUUGGUGAUGGCGCCGCAGAGAGGGCGCACCUUGGAAGAUUUUAUGGCUCAGUCCGAGAUGAGAGGACUCAGGUGCGAGAAAAUCAGCAGGUACAAUGAGGUCGUGUGGGAGAGACGGUUGCAACUAUUGGAGCACGAGGAAUACGACGACAACAUCCAUUAUCCAAUACUCAUUCGAGUGACCAAAGUAUAAGUGGCCUUUGGAGGGAAGUAGGAUUUUUUAGCGUUUUAGAGGCGAGCGGUCUUUGACAAAAAUCGGAACAGCUGGUCUUUUGUGUGUAAUUGUACUUUUAGAGCACUGCCAAAGAACUAUUAUCCUUCAUUUCAAGAUAGCAGUGAAAUUUUCGACUUUUUAGUCUUCAGUCGGUAGACGGAGUUGUAUGUUUUGAAUCCUUAUUUAUAGAAGUAAUUAUUUAUGUCGCCGUUUAAAUUACAACUAGGAACGCCCUCUACCGAAUCCAGUCGGUGCGCGUACGCUCCGAAGUACAGUCAUGGCGGAGGAAAAUGAGUCCUAUUACUUUCCGGACAACCCCCGUACGGCCCUCCUUUACCAUUGAAUCUUUUAUUUUAGUAUACACCAAGAGCAAAAAUACGCUUACUUGUACAGACAGUGUCAGAAUUUAUUCAGAUCAUUGUUGAUUCUAUAUACAGUAACGGACAAAAGUAUAUAGACAAAAACUUGUUUUAUUAAUACACCAACCUGUAUACAUAAUUCGUUAUAGCAUAAUACUCACUUAUACAUAAAUAAAUUCAUUAGACUCCCUUCAGUAAAAAAUUAAUUGGAAAAAACUGGAACUAUGAAGGACAAAAAUAUAUAGACAAAGCAAAACAAUUAUAGAAAAAAGAAGCAAAGUUCAUUGAAUUAUAGAAAACCAACCAUGUUUGUGUUAAUAUUUUGUAGCAUAAACAUUAUUAUCAAUCACCGCCUGGCAUCGUCUCGGCAUAGAUUGUAGAAGUUUCUUGCUAUAAGAUUCAUCAAUCUGUCUCCACUUUUGCUCUAAAGCGGCAAAAAGUUCAUCCUUGUUUGAAUCAUUUUUAUCUCGCAUUUACUUAUCUAAGUAUUCCCAUUGAUUUUCAAUGGGGUUUAUAUCGGGAGACUGUGAAGGCAAUUUGAGAUCUGGUAUUUUUUCAUCCAGAAAGAAUUUCUUUGCGAGAUUUGUGUGCUUCGGGUCAUUAUUUUGCUGGAAGAUUGAUCUUAAGGGCAUAUUGAAAUGAAAUGUUUAUUAUUCUUAGCCCUAAAGCUACUUCCUAUAGUUUAUAAUAGUGUCUUACUCCAGUAAUAACGCGAUAAGCCACAAAAGCAUAAUAAGGAGUUAUUUGACUUUUAAGUUUUGGAAAAAUGUGAAAAAUCAACGUUUAUCAUAAUUAAACUUGAAUAAUUUUUUUUGAGGCUUUUAAAUCCGUAUCUGUUGAAUUUGUUGAGGAAGAGUGAAAAAAAGACAACUGAUAUCCCAAAAAAAUUUUUUUUACAAAAACAAUGUGGCUUGUCAUAUUAUUGCCUAUAAAAAAAAUACAGUAAUAUUUUUAUAAGGAAAUGAGGAUUAAACUCUACCGCACUUUUCUGCUAUACGAUUUCAACAUCUUCAUCACUUUCUCUGGAGGUUAGUCCAUUGAAGAAGGGUAGAUGUAUUGGGGGUAUAUAUGGAAAAAGAG